ACCAACUGAGAGUCAGAGCAGCUGAGUGGCUCAGGCCUGCAGUCCUCAUGGCUCCUGUACAUUUACCUGCCCGCCUCUCUCUGUGCCUGUGUCUGCUGCUGGCAUCCAGCUUUGGCCAGGCAGGCAGGCUGCUGGUGAUGCCCAUGGAUGGGAGCCACUGGUUCACCAUGCGCUCUGUGGUGGAGAAACUCAUCCAGAGAGGACACGAGGUAGUUGCAGUUGUACCUGACGUGAGUUGGCAACUGGGACAGUCACUGACCUUCACAGUAAAGAAUUAUGCAACAUCUUAUACUUUGGAGGAGAAGAACUUGGUAUUUAAGGUUUUUGCCGAUGCUCUAUGGGAGACUAAGGAAGAAAAUUUAUUUGAUACAGUGGCUACUACCAAGAAAGAUUUUGAACUGCUGUUUUCACACUGUAGAAGUUUGUUUAACAACCAGACCUUGGUAGACUACAUAAAGGAAAGUCAUUUUGAUGCGGUAUUUCUAGACCCUUUCGACAUGUGUGGCUUAAUUGUUGCCAAGUACUUUUCACUCCCCUCUGUGAUCUUCACCAGGGGACUCUACUGCCAAAAUAUUGAAGAAGGCACACAGUGCCCCGCUCCUCUGUCCUAUGUUCCCAGAUUUCUCUCACAGUUCUCGGAUACUAUGAAUUUCAAAGAGAGACUGCAGAACCAUGUUGCCCGCUUUGUGGAACAUUUAGUUUGUCCUCAUUUUCUCAGACAACCCUUAGAAAUUGCCUCUGAGAUUCUCCAAACACCCAUCACAGCAUCUGAGCUCUUCAGCCAUACAUCAAUUUGGUUGUUACGCACAGACUUUGUCUUUGACUUUCCCAGACCUGUGAUGCCCAACAUGGUCUUCAUUGGUGGGAUCAACUGCCAUGAGGCAAAGCCCUUGUCCAAGAUUUCUCUCUGGCUACUCAGACCCAUGAAUUUCAAGAAGACUAUGAACUACAUUUUUCACUUGGGCGAUGGCUUACUUUGCCUCACCUUUUUUAAAAGGAAGCCUUCAAUCUUGUGUCUGAAAAGCUCCAGAUAGCUGUGACAGCGGGUGAUCUCUUCAGCCAACCCACACAUUUGUUGUUCUCACCGACUUUGGUUUCCCGGACCUGUGAUGCCCAACAUGGUCUUUGUUGGUGUAAUCAACUGUUGUGAGGAAAAACUCUUGCCCAGGGUAUGUUCUCUCUCCUUUGGCAUGUUAAGGAUAACCUGGCUUUGUACUGCAAAUAAAAUAU